GCACAUGCUUCCAAUGAUAGGGAGCACACAGGCCUUCAUUAUUUCCUCAGUCUGUCCUCGGACACAGAGGAGGCAACAUGGACCUGUGGGCCGUGCUGCUGCUCGCUCUGCUCUCUGACACUUUGGCUUCAGACGAGUCAUGUUUGGACCGCUGCGAAAAUGGCUUUGACGCCCGGAAGAAGUGCCAGUGUGACUCCAUGUGCAAGUACUACAAAAGCUGCUGCUCUGACUUUGAAUCCACCUGCAAUAUGAUGACUCGCGGAGACACAUUUCAGUUUGCAGAAGACGAUUAUUACGAUGGGCAAUCUGAGAGCACGCCUCAGCCCACACGUCGUUCAGCACGCAACCAGCUGAGGCCUACACAACCGCCGGACUUCAAUCCCAGAGCGCAAGAACGCCCUGAGACCACGCUGGAAAUGACCAGACCGACCAGACUGAGAGUCUCUAACAUCCCGCCGACACGUGCGACACACCCAGACACCCACACAUUGGAGGACUCCAUCACGACCAGCGCAGCAACCGAGGUGACCACAGUUCCUGCCACAGCAGCCACCACCGUGGCCCCUGACCCAGAUGCUGAGGUCUGCAGUGGCAGACCUUUUGACGCCUUCAUGCAGAUCAAAAAUGGCUCCAUCUAUGCUUUCAGAGGGGAGUACUUCUUUGAACUUGACCAGAAGGCAGUGCUCCCUGGUUAUCCAAAGCUCAUUAAGGAUGUGUGGGGCAUCAGCGGGUCCAUUGAUGCUGCGUUCACCCGCAUCAACUGUCAGGGGAAGACCUACAUCUUUAAGGGAAACAAGUACUGGAGGUUUGACAAUGGCGUGCUGGAUGAUGAUUAUCCCCGAUACAUAAACGUUGGCUUUGACCGGAUUCCCGAUCAUGUGGACGCAGCGUUUGCCCUUCCUGCCCACAGCCACCACGGAAAAGAGAAGGUCUAUUUUUUCAAAGGUGACCAGUAUUAUGUGUAUGAGUUUUUGCACCAGCCAUCUCAUGAGGAGUGCAUCAAAAUGUCUGAGAGCUCUCCGUCCACUCCCUUCAGGCGCUACACUGAUGUGUACUACAACAACUAUGAGCGUUUCUUCGGCGAGCUCUUCUCUGACCUGCCUCAGCAUCAUAGUAAGCACCACUUUAUUAACAAGGACUGGAAGGGUCUCAGGUCUCCAGUGGAUGCUGCCAUGGCGGGCAGAAUCUACAUCAGUCCUUGGAGGUCGACGCGACGCCGCUACAACAGCCAGCAAGACCAGCAGUGGGACCAGCAGUGGGACCAGCAGUGGAACCAGCAGUGGGACCAGCAGUGGAACCAGCAGUGGAACCAGCAGUGGGACCAGCAGUGGAACCAGCAGUGGGGUCGGCGGAGACAAAAUCGUUCACCCUCCUGGGGCUCCUUUGCUGAGCAGGGAAUGAACAUGGGGCGGGAAUUUGCUGAAAGAGGGAUGGAAAUGGGUAUGAGACUGGCAGAGAGGAGGAUGGAAAUGGCAGAGAGGCUGGGACAAGGCUGGGACAGACGGUGGGAUCAAGACUGGGACCAGGACAGACGGAGAGAUCGUUAUGGCCAGAACAACAGAGGCAACUAUGACUCCAGAGAUGACCGAUACGGCUACGACUUCCAAAGGGAGAUGCCCAUACAGACCGUCUACUUCUUCAAAGAAGAUAAAUACUACAGAGUGGAUAUCAGGACUAAGAGAGUUGAUCCUGCUGUUCCUCCGUACCCCAGAUCCAUCGCCAAGUACUGGCUCGGCUGUUCGGACACCCCUGGAGCAGAGAAGAAGUAGUUUCCAGAAUUUUAGUUUGUUAUUUUGAUCAGUGUAACCCAGUUAGCGUGUAAUAGAGCUGUUGUUUUUACUGCAGUAGGCAGUGGUAGGGGUUAAAAGUGUCGAACAUGCGCAGUGUAACACACAGCUAGCUGACUUCAGCAAAUAUUGGUGUAUCGGUGAGAGUCCACAUGCAGCUUAGGGCCAAAGUUCAGCUGGCUGACUUUCAGUCAGCUUUAUUAAACGCAGCUAAAGUGAAAAACACAUUUAACAGAGAGACCCAGAGACAGCAACGUUUAUCCGUCUGAAAGCUAAACUCUGUUAAUGAUAAUUAAUCUGCAAUUAUUACUGUAUUCAUUACUUAUAGUGUAUUUUGAAUAAUGUAUCUACAAAAGCCAAA